CAAUAUUCUAUUUUAAGUUGGCAUGUUAGGUAAUUUUUAAAGUAACUGCAUUCUUAUAAAACUAUUUUCAAAAUCUUAAUCAAUUUCAGUUUAUCAGCUACCGUUUUACGUUCGAAACGCGAAUAAGAAAUUGAAAAUAAUGUCGUCGGACGAACUUUCGAAGGAACAAAUUCAAUUGCUCAAAAAUGCUUUUGAUACCUUCGACGUCGAAAAGAAAGGAAGCAUAGGCACGGUUAUGAUCGGAACAAUAUUGGGCAUGUUGGGCGUUCAAACUACAGAUAAAAUGUUGCAGGAAAUUAUUGCAGAAGUUGAUGAAGACGGUUCGGGUGAACUUGAAUUUGAGGAAUUUGUUACUUUGGCUUCAAGAUUUAUGGUUGAAGAGGAUGCGGAGGCUAUGCAAGAGGAGCUUAAAGAAGCUUUUAGAUUAUAUGACAAAGAAGGUAAUGGUUACAUCACUACCAGCACACUCAAGGAAAUUUUAAAAGAAUUGGAUGACAAAUUAACAUCGGAAGAGUUGGAUGGAAUUAUUGCUGAAAUUGAUAGUGAUGGAUCAGGAACGGUGGAUUAUGAUGAAUUUAUGGAAGUUAUGACAGGGGGUGAUGAUUAGUAGAUUUCCAGGCAAAUUAUUGAAAAAAGGAAAUAUUCAUUACUAAAUUGUUCAAGAAAAUAUAACACAUUUUUGAAGACGUCUAUGUGUGAUUAUUUCAUGAAUGCCUAAUAAAUAUCAAUGAUUU